ACUAAAGCUUUUGUUUUGGAAAGCCGCUCCCCAGCGGUCGCCAUUAUUCUUCCUGGCUUGACUGUCGGGGGAAACACGGUUAUUUACUUUUAAACAUUAUUUUGCGGGGUAAACGGCAACAUUGUCGGCCCAUUCGUGCAGUGGCUUGAUUAUUUCAUGAAUUAGCUCCGCGCCCUGGGCCCAGAAUGGAGAAACGAUCCCACACCGCAGGUGUCGGCGGUUCCCUCCCCCUGUCCUCCCUCCGCUUGAUGGCGUCCCCUCUGCAGCUGACGUACUCGUACAUCUGGCAGGUCAUACGGCAGAGGAAGGUGAAGCAGUACGGUAAAGUGGAGGAGUUCGUGACCAUGGUGACGCAGACGGUUCCUGAGCUCAUCAGCUUCAAGCAGACUGCCCAGCUCGUCCUGGGGCUGAGAGCAAGGAUCAUUUUGGAUUUGCUUCAAAAAGACGGACCACCAGAUUCCAGAGCUAUCCAAACUCUGAUAAAUAAGUUGAAGGUCUCUUCAUCUAUAGGGAAGGACGCAGAAGUGGAGAAAUCUCAAACAAAUUUCAUGGUACUGGUCCAGAAUCUGCUGAAAAACCCAGUUGAAAGAAAGCGCUUCUUCCAGGACGUGUUUCCUGUUCAGUACGGCAUAAAGUUUGAUACGGCGCUGCAGGCUCUGACCGCCUGUCUGGUGUGCAAGCUGGAGCAAGUUCUUCCCGUCCCCAAUCUCUCCCAGCUUGGGGCCAUGAUCUCGGCAGAUCUCGCUCUCCUGGAGGCGUGCGGGGGCUUCAUCCCCGACACUGGAGACCUGAAGACUCUCCUCCUGCACCAGCAGGCCAAGGGACUCCUUGGUGUUAAAGCAACAGUCUCGUCCUCGGUGGGAAACUGUGUGCUGUCUUCACUCGCCUUCCGGCCCAAACCAGUAGAACCCCCGCCGCCGCCGCAAGAACCACUAAAGCCGUUAGAGGCCGCUGAAACCGGCCGAGAAUCCCUCAGUGACACCGAAGACCUCGGAGGGAUGUCGGACCAUCCAGCCAGCCCCGCAGAACCGGCCGCUGCACCGCAGGGGCGAAAUCCGAAAUCGCCCGACGACUCUGUUGAAAAGGAAAAGAAGGUCCCGGCAGCAGCUCGGGGGGAGGAUCCGGCGCGGGAAAAAAGUGGUGCACAGGAACAGCCCGCCACACCUCUCCACGGCAGAGCGGAAGGUGAAGCGCCGGAAGCGGGAGAUAAACCACAGUCCCAGCGGCCCCCCUUGAAAGCGAUCCCCUUCCGGGUGGUUCAGAUGCCGGUCAAACCCGCUCCCGCCUCGCGGGAAGCAGGCAGCGCGGGGACCAAAGACGGCCAGAAGCCUCACACCCAGCGGGUCACCUUGCACCAGUGGGUGUCGCAGAUUGCGACGAACUCGCUCUCGCUCCCGGCGCUGCCGCCGCUGCCCCCGGCCAGGUUUGGAGGCGGAGACGACGCCAAGCCGAGCAUCCGGCGGAAAAAGCAGAUCCGACCCCCGGCGGACCGGUUCACCUGCGGCGUGUGCGACAAGAGCUUCCCGUACCAGUCCAAGCUGAUGGACCACGAGCGCAUCCACACGGGGGAGAAGCCUUUCGCGUGCCCGCCGUGCAGCAAGAGCUUUCGAACGCAGGCGUUCCUCAACAACCACCUGAAGACCCACAGCACGGCGCGGCCGUACGCCUGCGGCCAGUGCGGCAAGUGCUUCAACAAGCUCCAGAGCCUGACUAAGCACAUGCUGGCCCACAGCGGCCAGAAGCCCUUCUACUGCAACAUCUGCAACAAGGGCUUCACGCAGUCCACCUACUUCAAGCGGCACAUGGAGUGCCACACGAGCCAGAUGACGUUCCCCUGCAAGCACUGCACCAAGAGCUUCCCGACGGCGUUCAAGCUGACCAACCACGAGCGCUGGCACACCCGGGACCGGCCGCACAUGUGCGAGCGCUGCGGGAAGAGAUUCCUGGUGCCGAGCCUGCUGAAGAGGCACAUGGGCUACCACAUCGGGGACCGCCAGUACCUCUGCUCGCAGUGCGGCAAGACCUUCGUCUACCUCUCGGACCUGAAGAGGCACCAGCAGGACCACGUGCCCAAGGCGAAGAUCCCGUGCCCCGUGUGCCAGAAGAAGUUCUCCAGCAAGUACUGCCUGAGGGUCCACUUGAGGAUCCACACGCGGGAGAGGCCCUACCGGUGCUCCAUCUGCGAGAAGACCUUCACCCAGGUCGGGAAUCUGAAGGUGCACAUCCGGCUGCACACCAACGAGCGCCCGUUCAGCUGCGACGUGUGCGGGAAGACCUACAAGCUGGCGUCCCACCUGAACGUCCACAAAAGGACUCAUACGUGCAAAAAGCCCUGGACGUGCGAAACGUGCGGAAAGGGCUUCUCCGUCCCCGGCCUCCUGAAGAAGCACGAGCAGUUGCACCUGCGGGACGCGAACCCGGACUUCGCCGGCAAGCGGAGGCACCGGGGGAAGCACAAGAAGCACUCGCUCAAGAGGAAGUACGACGAGGAGGACGAAGGCAGCGACGACUAUUAGUCGACGACACGGGUUUUGUAUUGAGCAGUGAUUGACGACUGACGUAAUCAAGAGGAACUCAUUUCUUAGCUUGUGGUAGAGUUUAGGUUACCGCGACCUUCUGGGUAGUGAACACACAUUUAGAAUGAUGUUAGAACCUUCUUUCUUUUUCUUUUUCUCAAUCACCAGUUUUAAAGACACCCCUUAUGAUUUGAGCUGUUUGGUCUGAAUGUAGCCAAAUUUUAAAAAAAUGUGCAUCAUGUCAACUAAAUACAGUAAAGAAUAUUUCAAUGCAUGUGACUUUAGAGAAUUUGUAUUAUGUAACAGGAUGUUAUGUCUCGAGGAAACAUUUUAUUUUUGUUUAGAAGCUGUAGAGGCUGUAGAGGCCUACAUGUAUCACUCACUUCUUAUGUAGCCCUGAACUGUAAACAUACAAUUACUCUGCUAUUGUUAGCGUGAAACCAAGCUGAUUUGCAUUUAUUAGGAUUUCUUACUUUCUUUUUUUUCCAGCCGUAGGAGCCGUGUUGUUGCUGAAUGUGUGGCUGUGAAUGUCAUCGCCGUCAUUACUUCUGCUCUUGUGAGCUGCCAUGUAUACAAGCCAUGAAGCAAUUAACUGGUUUUUGAUGUUUUGCAGAAAAAUAAAUUACAGCACUAAACAAAUGAA